UUAUAUCAAACAAUCAGAGUGCUUUUGUUCUUGGGAGGUUAAUUUAUGACAACAUUAUGGUAGCCUUUGAAGCUAUCCAUCAUCUGAAAAAUAAAAGGGUUGGCCGGAGAUGUAAUAUGGCUAUCAAACUUGAUCUCAGCAAGGUGUUUGAUAGAGUAGAAUGGAACUUCCUAGAAGACACUAUGCGAGUAAUGGGCUUUCCUGAGAGGUGGAUUAAUCAUGUCAUGAUGUCUGUUUGCACCGUAGAAUAUUCUGUCUUGAUCAAUGGUUGCCCGACAAAGAAAUUCAUUCCAAGCAGGGGUAUGAGGCAAGGAGAUCCCCUUUCCCCUUUCCUUUUUCUCUUAUGUGCCAAAGAUGACAGUUUGUUGUUUGGGGAAGCGUCUGUCCAAGAAGCUACAAAGCUGUUGGAAAUCUUCAAGGAAUAUAAGGGGGAUAGGACCACCUUAUGCUAUCAAAUUCUCAAAGUGAAAUACUUUCUUGAUGGAGAUUUAUUGGGAGCUUAUGUAGGAGCUAACGUCUCUAUGGUCUGGCAAGGGGUUGUUGAUGGCCUUGGGGUCAUUAAAAUCAAUGUUGACGCUGGGGUUCCAUCUCAGUCUGGUACAGCAAGUCUCGGGGUAGUACUUAGAGACAGCAACAGUGGUGUGCUUAGUGCCGACAAAAAGACCAUCAGCUUCCAAGGCAGUGUCACUCACGCAGAAGUCUUACCAAUCAGUUUUGGGGUGCAGCUCGAGAAAGAGUUUGGGUGCAAAAAUGUCGUUGUCGAGUUUGAUAGUAAGAAUGCAGUACAAGUGGCAGCUUCAUCGGAUGAGUGUUUCCUAGUCUACCGGGUCGUUGUUGAAGAGCUACAAGAACGUACCAGAUUAUUUGAUUCUUGCUUUUUUAAAUUUGUUCAUAGAGCUUUGAAUGAGACGGCUCAUAGAAUAGCACAUAUGCAUUUCCCAUUACCACCUUGGGAAGGGGUUUGGGUGGGUACUUUACCCUCAGCAAUUGCUACUGAUUUGGUUUCUUAAGCAAUAAAAUACAUUUUUCUAU